UCUACUGCCAAGACGGGCAGCAGCUGUGAGAGUCUCUCCGACACCUAGGAUUCACCGUCACCACGGGAAAAACCAACUCCACUACCUACUCUGGACAUUCGCACGGUAGUAGGCGUUUCUUCCGGAGCCCCCUACCAUCCGCGAGUCCGCGACUCCGAGAACGUACCCCCGCGUGGCAGGUGGUACACCACCGUUGCGCGGUAUUCCUAGACUCGCCGCUUAACGAGAGUGCAACUGCAGUUGGCGGCCGACCUGUGCACGGCUCACGGGGAUACGCCGAGAACGCGCUCGUUCCGACUCGCCGCAGUUUCGGGGGAGAUCCAGAGAAAGAGAGAUGAGGAUCAUUGUUCUAGUCGUAUUUGUCAUGGCCGUUCUGGCGAGUGCCUCGGCGCAGGAUUUCAGACAUUUUUUCGCGGGAUUUGGUCCUUAUGGCAUUCAAGCCUCAGUAAUGAGGGAUCCGAGAUCGAAUAGGGGUCCAGUAUUAUUCCCACCUGGGCCAGCUCCCAACAAUGCUGAUACCAGCGGCGUCGUCGUGGGCGCGAGUGGAUACGGAUUCGUGCCACCCAGCUCAGGUAAUUCGUUCGGUUUCUGAGAAUCAAAAGAAAUCCCGCUGCACCCCCGUUCUCCCUAAAAAAAAAGAGAAAAAAAAUAGACGAAAGGAAUCGGUGGUGGAAUACAAGCCGGCGAGCUUUUACGUGACCAGUCUCUGCAUGUAAAACAACCCAAAGAAUCGUCGAGGAUAACGGAGUAGAAAAUGGAAAGACAGAUAGGAGGAGAGAAAGGGAGAGAGUAAUAUAUCUUAUCACACGCAAUACCUCGUUCCUCUGCACUCAACUUAUGUAUGAACACUAUUUAUUGUUGUCAUUUAUGAAAUAACAUAGUCUACACAUUUCCCCAAUCCCUAAAUUUUAAUUAUUAUAUCGAGGAUGCAUGUUUAUGUGCGUUGUGCAUGUACGGCACUAUGACGUAUUUAUUGUUUUACGAGAUGUUCGAAAAGUCAUGCGUGACUCCAUGAUACGCAUAUUAACACUUUAAAUCCAGCAAUGGUAUUAUAUGAUAAAGAAAUAUAUUUUACGUGACUAUAGUGUUAAGUAUAAAGAGCAUGUCAAUUAUUAUAAUUAUGCAAAGUUUUUCAAAAGUCGCUCGAAAAAAAUAUUACACAUAUUUAUGAUAAUAUUGCUGGUUUAUUAACAUUGCAAAUGUAAAACAUUAAUAUUUAUGUCAAUGAAUCGUAACUUAAAGCGAUAUCGAAUCUUGCAAUAUUGCAUUUCGAUACGCAGUAUAUUAAAAUAAUGAACGUGAUCGCAAGCUACGUGAAAGUUCGGACAUUCUUAUAAUUGUUAAGUUACGUUGUACAUAAAUACGUUGUAAAUUAAUAAAAAAAAAAGAACCCUCAGCAUAUAAUCGUCGUAAA